AUGGUUCGCGGGAGAGCACCAGCGCGCGGCACCCGUAGAGGGGCGGCCAGGGGCGGCACCCAACGACCAGCAGCCGACGUGCCUGCGGAAGCACCAGCACCAACACCAGCACCAGUACCAGUAACCACAUCAACCGACGCCCCAGCAGCUUCGUCGAGCGAGACGACACCUGCGCGACGCGCGGACACAACGCGAACUACACGAGCCCCCGCUGGAGGAAGAUUCCGGCCAAAGAUUGUUCGUCGAGACGAGGCAGAGAGAGACAGCCUGGCACGGCAGGAAGAAAAGAAGGCAAGCGAGCGUGCCGCGGAAGAGCGCAGAGCUCGCGGGCGCUCGCGCUUCCGCAGCAAGCGAAGUCGCGGUGAUACAAUGGGGAGAGGCGGCUUUGGCCGCAUCAUUUCCGGUGCCAGUGGCCCAUUCUCUUCAGGUCUUGGAGGUACGAGUAGAGGUGGCAGCGGGUGGUUUGGCGGCAGUGGUGCUGGUGGUGGUAUCGGGGGUGGCGGCUUUGGCGGCCGUGGAAUGAAGUCUGAUUCCAAAAAUGCCAACUUUGCGCAAGGCCGCGACGUCUACCGAGAAGCACGAAUCAACGCCGACAAACUACACAUUAUGCCGCCCGAGGAGGAGAUGGACAGCGAGGACGAGGCCAUGAUUGUCGCGCUGAGCUCCAAGGACUCGACCAAGAUGCCCAUGGGCAUCUACCGCAAGGAGCACAAGGAGGCGGGCAUCGUCGUGGCCACCACGGCCGAACUGGAAGCCAAAGAAAACGCGACCGGGGAGGAGGAAAGUCUCUGGGUCGACGGCGAGUCUGGGACGCUGCCGCCGGAAGUGCCACCCGAGGAAGGUGUCUGGGGCACGGAUACCAAGCGCCUGAUCAAGGAGGAGCCCGGCGCCGACGACGACGUCAUGGAUGUCGACCUCGCGGCGCUGCCCAGGAUGGAAGACAAGACGACGACAAUCAAGACCAAAAAGGCGCCACCGCAGGAUCCCGAGAGCAAGAUGAUCCAGUCCGACCUGGACCUGCUCGCGCGCGAACUCGGCGCCGUCACCGUCGAUGGCGACGGCGCUGCGCCCGAACUCGCCAACAAGGACGGCCGGCUGUACCUCUUCCAGUUCCCGCCACUGAUGCCGCCGCUCAAGGAGACGAGCGCGGCGCCGGCCGGGGGCGUCAAGGAGGAGCAGCCAGUCUCGAGGGACAGCCUCGACGACGUGCCCGCCGCCAGCGCCGUUGAUCUCACCGGCGAUCAAUACAACGAGGAAGACGAGGAGGAGGAGGAGACGGCGGAGGAGCGGGCCGAGGCGGAGCGCAAACACGGCUUCAAGUCGCAGUUCCUGUCGCAGGGCGGCAUGAUUGGGCGCAUCAACGUGCGGCGCUCCGGCAAGGUGGAACUGGACUGGGGCGGCCACGUGCUGGAGAUGAGCCCGGCGGCGGGCAUGAGCUUCCUGACGACGGCGGUGAUUGUCGAGGAGAGCGACGAGAAGCCCGUCGUUAUCAGCGGCGGAGGAGCGGCGGUGGCGCGCCCCACGGGCGGUGAUUGCGUGGGCAUGGGCAAGAUCAUGGGCCGCUUCACUGUGGCGCCCGUCUGGAGCGACGAGGAGGACUGGAACGUCACGCCCGAGGAGCUGGUUGCAGUCCUUGCGACGGAUAUCCUCGCUCUGUUGGAAUCAAGCCCUCUUUCCCAGUCUAUUGGUAAAAAGACGCCGCCGUCGCAAACGCCACCCCCAUUUGCGCUCCAUCUUGUUCCUUUCGCCCCCCCUGUCCCCGAAAGAAUUAACCGGGCUUCAGCUUGCAUUAAAGACGAACCGGCCCUAAUAACUAAGGGCUGCUCCCCUGUUUGGGAUCCCAGCGACUAG